AUGGAACGAUCUUCUAGCCCAGAUACGGAUACAGAUGAUCCCUUCCACGUGAGCACGUCUUUGGCUCCGCUACGGAUCAACAAAGCCGCGGGGACUACAUCCCUCACAUUUGAUGGAAGUUUAAAAGAACCACUCUUGCUCAAGGAAGACUUGAAGAAUGGCUGUGGGGGUCAAUUGUGGCCAGCUGGGAUGGUUUUGGCCAAAUAUAUCCUACACCGCUAUCCCUCGGAUUUGUCUGAUAAAUCCAUCUUGGAACUCGGGGCUGGAGGUGGACUUGUUGGGCUUGCAGUCGCCCGCGGGUGCAAGAUUGGAUCCCCAAUCCACAUCACAGACCAACAGCCAAUGUUCACCCUAAUGAAUGACAACAUCAAAUUGAAUCACCUCGAGUCAAUAGUGACUGCCUCGAUCCUUAAUUGGGGAGAACCCAUUCCUGAGAACAUCCCAUCGAAACCCGAUGUCAUUCUCGCUGCCGACUGCGUCUAUUUUGAACCAGCAUUCCCUCUCCUCAUAUCCACACUCCAAGACUUGCUAGGGCCCGAUUCCGUCUGCUACUUCUGCUUCAAACGACGCAGAAGAGCCGACUUAAGAUUUAUGAGAAUGGCCAAGAAGAUAUUCGAAGUAGUCGAAGUUCGGGAUGAUCCAAAUACCCCAUCCUACAACCGGGAUAAUAUCUUCCUUUUUACAAUUCGAGUCAAAUCGUCAAAGGAGAUGAAAAAGGUCCAGCCUGUGGACGGUGUCAAAAUGGCACAUGAAUUAUGCAUCAAAUGA